UAUAUAAAUCAUUGCAUACCACCAGGUGUAAAGGUGUGCCAUAACGUCGGUAAAGACAAGUUUUCUCGCGAGACUUUCUUUGUCUUCCUGGACCAAAUAGCAUCUGAUAGUACCGCGAAGAGGGCCAAACUUAGCCGCUACCCCCACUCUUAUCCUGGGACGUUGUGUGCAGUCUAUGGUCCACAUCUCAGGACACGAAUAACUUGUUGGCCCAACGGUCCGCUCCUUUUGAACGUUCUGCUAGGCCUAGACGGGUUUGGUGAAGACGACAGUGGGAUUGUUAGCUUGAAUGGCUAGCACGGAUACCAAGCUAAAGCAUUAACGUUACUAUUGGAAUGGAAUGUGGUGAUGGCUGUGGUCCAACCUUUGCUUUUGUAACUAGUUAUCUACAGUUAGCUGUGUUGAUUCAUUCUUUACCUCAACUUGAAGGUAAAGUGAUUAAUUUAACAACAUACGUGUCUUACUAGCUUGCUAAUUCUUUGUUUCCAUAAUGUUAGCUUGCUAGCCAGUUUAUUGCUAACGUUAGCUAUUGCCUCCUGUGACGGCCAAUAACUAACGAGUCACAGCUAACGUAUCCAGCCAUCUACCGUUAGUUAGCUAGUCUGGUCUAAAAUACCUAGUUAACUAGACACCUCAUUGUCACCCCUGUUGAUUCGAUAGAUUCACAGGCUAGUUUGAGAGCUAAUUGGCUAGGCAGGCCUGGGGCAUUUUGGAUCUGCCAACAGCAUUCAGUCACUCUUCUGGCGACACAGAAAGUUGGGGUCAAGAGACUCAACGCUGGUAUCUAGCAAGUUAUUCACUAAAACAAAACAUGGCCCCCAAAAAAAGACCAGUGCGGCUUAACAUCACUCCCACCGCUGGUGAGGGAGGAUUGUCCACCUCCACAACCAUCGCAGCUGCCUCUGAUGCUAACCUGGAAGCCCUACAGAAGAAAUUGGAGGAGUUGGAUCUGGACGAGCAGCAGAAGAAGCGCCUGGAGAAUUUCCUUACCCAGAAGGCCAAGGUGGGCGAACUGAAAGACGAUGACUUCCAUCGCAUUUGUGAGUUGGGUGUCGGUAACGGAGGCGUGGUCAACAAGGUGUGCCACAAACCCUCAGGCCUCGUCAUGGCCAGAAAGCUGAUCCAUCUGGAGAUCAAGCCAGCCAUCAGGAACCAGAUCAUCAGAGAGCUACAGUUGCUACAUGAGUGUAAUUCUCCCUACAUCGUUAGUUUCUACGGGUCCUUUUACAGCGACGGCGAGAUCAGCAUCUGCAUGGAACACAUGGAUGGGGGCUCUCUGGACCAGGUGCUGAAGGAGGCCAGGAGGAUCCCUGAGGAGAUCCUGGGGAAAGUCAGCAUCGCUGUUCUAAGAGGGUUAGCGUAUCUACGAGAGAAACACCAGAUCAUGCACAGAGACGUAAAGCCCUCUAAUAUCCUGGUCAACUCUCGUGGGGAGAUCAAGCUGUGUGACUUCGGGGUGAGCGGCCAGCUGAUUGACUCCAUGGCCAACUCCUUCGUGGGAACACGUUCCUACAUGUCGCCAGAGAGAUUGCAGGGCACCCACUACUCUGUCCAGUCUGAUGUGUGGAGCAUGGGGCUGUCUCUGGUGGAGCUGUCUAUCGGCCGGUAUCCCAUCCCCCCUCCUGACGCCAAGGAGCUGGAGGCCAUCUUUGGCCGGCCCAUCAUGGACGGGACCGAGGGAGAAAUGCACAGCAGCACCUCUCCCCGACCCAGACCCCCCGGGGGCAGACCUGCCAGCGGCCACGGUCCUGCGAUGGCCAUCUUUGAGCUGCUGGACUACAUCGUCAACGAGCCUCCCCCCAAGCUGCCUCAUGGAGUAUUCACAUCUGAUUUCCAGGACUUUGUGACUAGAUGUCUCAUCAAGAACCCAGCAGACCGGGCGGACCUGAAGAUGCUGAUGAACCACACUUUUAUCAAGCGCUCGGAGGUAGAGGAGAUGGACUUCGCUGGCUGGCUCUGUAAAACCAUGGGGCUAAACCAACCCAGCACUCCCACACGCACUGUAGACUAAUCACACGCACACACUCAGACAGACAUGCAGCGGCCUGAACACAUACAGACAAAUGGCCACACAUAGACAUGCAGCAUAUAUAUAUCACACACACGCUUUUCUUGUCAGCCACCUCUCCUCCUUCAGGUGAUCCAAGUAUGAACUGGCCCUAUUGGCCCUAAAGCCUCCAUUCAGUCACUCUUCUCUAACCAUUAGUGCUGAGCGAUUAACCAACAUUUCGUUUAAAAAAAAAUUGUUAUUAAACAACUAAUUGGCCGACGCUUUUUUUUUGUGUGAACCUAAUGCACUGUUUCUCACGAGAAAUCAAGUCAAGAACUACAGUAUGUGGGAUGCUGGGCUGAAGGGAGUUGUAGUUUUCAUUAAGAAAAUAUUAAACCUAGUUCAAUGCAGAAACGUGGUAAUUAACUACAAUUGACAUUAAUCCAUUGCGUCUGUUUUUUCCGUCUCGGAUAGAGACGUAUCAGAGAGGAAGUGGCUAAGCGAGAGGCUUCACUCGCCAAAAUAAGCCGACCUAAGCUUGUCGCCUGCCUUCGCGCCUUUGGGACAAUUCAUGUUAUUCGGGCGGUGACAUGAGCAUCUCAACAUUAAAUACAGAUCUCUGUACGGAUAAACUUUCAUGUCUGCUACGUUAUGUACACACAGACUGCAGCAUGAGAGAGGAAUGUACACAACACAAUGACGAGAGGGACAGACGCUGUUAGUUAUCUACUUUGAAGAACUAGUCAAAUGAUUUUGCCAGACAGCUCUACAGCAUAGGCAGGCUAGCUAAAUAGGAUGACUAAAAACAGUAGAGUACGGGGAGCACAUAACAUUAGAUGGCCUGGCGGACUGCUACUGCCUGAGCAGAGAUUACUAUUAUUUUUCAUUCCUUAAAGUCAAGUAAUCAGAUAAAAACUAAGUAAUAUGCACAACUAAAAUGUUUUAUUUCAUUGGAAUUUACACUCUCUAUUGAUGUCUACCCAAUGUGGACCUGACAGACAAUGGAAUAUUUAAGGUUUUGGCAAUUGAAUGUUGACUAUUUUAGGCUUUGGAAUUUCUAUUAAAAAAACCCUCUAAAAUCAUUGUGAAUCCUUAUUUCAGCAUGCAUUCAAUAAUUUUUUCAAACAUCAAAAUGAAUAACUGAACCGACCUCAAAGCACUAAUCGCUCAGCACUACUAGCUAUGUCAGAAAUAAACCCUCAGUUACAACCUUAAUCGGGAUUGCUUCACUGGUUGGGUUGGGCCAACCCCUGACUGUUCAUCUAUCAUACUGUAACAGAAGCCUGCAUCCCCAUACCGCUUCCCCUUGUCUGGAUGUUGUAAUCUGCAGUAUCAACGGGAUGGCAUCGAGGAGCUUCAUUCUCCAGGAAGAGCAGACAUAAUUUAUAAAGUGAAAGAUGGGCUCUGGUCAGAGGCUUAAUUUAUUUUUAUUUGACCUUUAUUUAACUAGGCAAGUCAGUUAAGAACAAAUUCUUAUUUUCAAUGACGGCCUAGGAACAGUGGGUUAACUGCCUGUUCAGGGGCAGAACGACAGAUUUGUACCUUGUCAGCUCGGGGAUUUGAACUUGCAACCUUUCGGUUACUAGUCCAACGCUCUAACCACUAGGCUACCCUGCCGCCCCGGCACAUACUCCGGGGCGGCACAUACACAUACUCCCUAGCCGAGAUCUGUGAGUUAACAAUCUUCACGGUCACCAUGUUGGCACCAAAUGUUUGGGUUUUGACAUGUCUAUCUACCUGCUGCAACUUCCCCUAAACUCCUUUUCUUGUUUUGGGUUGCUUUAACAUCGGAAGCCUUUUGAGCAGAGAGGUUAUGCAGAAAUAUGCCCCCUACAAAAAAAUAAACAGACAGGAAAGUUGAGCAAGACCUAUUUCAGUUUCCUGAGUAAAAAUACAUCUACACUUCAUCUGUUUCGAGACGAUAAUCUUUUGCAUUUCUUAUUUAUUUAGCUUUUCGAUUACGAUUCACUCGGUAGGAACAGUAACCUCAACUUCAGUCACUCGGUAGGAACAGUAACCUCAACUUCAGUCACUCUGUAGGAACAGUAACCUCAACUUCAGUCACUCUGUAGGAACAGUAACCUCAACUUCAGUCACUCUGUAGGAACAGUAACCUCAACGUCAGUCACUCUGUAGGAACAGUAACCUCAACGUCAGUCACUCUGUAGGAACAGUAACCUCAACGUCAGUCACUCUGUAGGAACAGUAACCUCAACGUCAGUCACUCUGUAGGAACAGUAACCUCAAUGUCAGUCACUCUGUAGGAACAGUAACCUCAACGUCAGUCACUCUGUAGGAACAGUAACCUCAAUGUCAGUCACUCUGUAGGAACAGUAACCUCAACGUCAGUCACUCUGUAGGAACAGUAACCUCAACGUCAGUCACUCUGUAGGAACAGUAACCUCAAUGUCAGUCACUCUAGGAACAGUAACCUCAACGUCAGUCACUCUGCAGAAACAGUAACCUCAACGUCAGUCACUCUGUAGGAACAGUAACCUCAACGUCAAUCACUCUGCAGGAAUAGUAAUCACAACGUCAUUGCCCACAGCUACAGUGUGACAUUGGUCUUUUUGCCAGGCAAUUGGUAUUAUAACAAUCAUGAUUAGGAGUUGAUGUACAUCACAGGAGGUUGGUGGUAAUGGCUGGAGUGGAAUGGUAUCAAACACAUGGAUUCCACAUUUACUCUGUUCCAGCCCUUAUGAGCCGUCCUCUCCUCUGCAGCCUCCACUGAUGUAGAUGUAAAUAUCGUUACAUAUGAGUAUGUCUACACAUGUCUUGGUGUAUGUGGAUUCAGAUAUGUAAAGCAUAUAUACAAACAUUAGUUUAUUUUCUUUUGGCAGAUUGUUAUGAGUGUAGUGUUUGUGUCCAUGAGAAAGCUUAUGAUACUGAAAUACUGCACUAAUCAUUCAACUUCGGGUGUCUUUCGACAAGGGUAGCGUUUAAGGUCAACAAUGCUGCUCUGAGGUCCAGACCACAAGUCUAAAGUAGUUUAGUCUCCUUCAUCUGCACCGUUCUGAAAGCACAGGAUAGGUGAAAACACUAUUGAGAAUAUCUGCUGCCCAUGUUUUGCUUUCACCUGUCCAAUUAUUUUACAUCAGUGAAGUUUAAGGAAAGGAGACUAGAAAAGGAUGACACUUAAAUUACAGCGAUGCAACCUUAUUGUCUGUGAAAGGGGAAGCCAUUUAGACUAUUGAGAUGCAGCCCUAGUGUCUGUGUCCUGGCCAGACUCCCUCCAUCCCUUUGUCUAUAGGAGAGAUUCAUGGCUGACCUGUGUUGGGGAAUGAACACACUAACCAGAGUAAAUUCUAUCUUUAUAUCAUAAUUUACUGUACGAGUCAAUGUUGGACACAUCUAGUCAUUCAAGGGUUUUUCUUUAUCUUUGCUAUUUUCUACAUUGUAUAAUAAUUAGGACAUCAACUAUGAGAGAACACCAUAUGGAAUCAUGUAGUAACCAAAAAAGUGUUAUACGAAUCAAAAUAUGUUAUAUUUGAGAUUCUUCAAAGUAGCAACCCUUUGCCUUGAUUACUGCUUUGCACGCUCUUGGCAUUCUCUCAACCAACUUCAGGAGGAAUGCUUUUCCAACAGUCUUGAAGGAGUUCCCACAUAUGCUGAGCACUUAUUGCCUGCAUUUCCUUCACUCUGCGGUCCAACUCAUCCCAAACCAUCUCAAUUGGGUUGUGGUCGGGUGAUUGUGGAGGCCAGGUCAUCUGAUGCAGCACUCCAUCACUCUCCUUGGUUUAAAUAGCCCUUACACAGCCUGGAUGUGCGUUGGGUCAUUGUCCUGUUGAAAACAAAUGAUAGUCCCACUAAGCGCUAACCAGAUGGGAUGGCGUAUCACUGCAGAAUGCUGUGGUAGCCAUGUUGUGUGCCUUGAAUUCUAAAUAAAUCACAGUGUCACCACCAUCACACCUCCUCCAUGCUUCAUAGUGGGAACCACAUGCAGAGAUCAUCCGUUCACCAACUCUGCGUCUCACAAAGACACGGCGGUUGGAACCAGAAACCUCUAAUUUUGACUCAUCAGACCAAAGGACCGAUUUCCACCGGACUAAUGUCCAUUGAUCGUGUUUCUUGGCCCAAGCAAGUCUCUUCUUAUUGGUGUCAUUUAGCAGUGGUUUCUUUGCAGAAAUUCGACCAUGAAGGCCUGAUUCACGCAGUCUCCUCUGAAUAGUUGAAGUUGAGAUGUCUGUUACUUGAACUCUGUGAAGUAUUUAUUUGGGCUGCAAUCUGAGGCUGGUAACUAAUGAACUUAUCCUCUGCAGCAGAGGUAACUCUGGGUCUUCCUUUCCUGUGGCGGUCUUCAUGAGAGCCAGUUUCAUCAUAGUGUUUGAUGGUUUUUGCGUCUGUACUUGAAGAAACGUUCAAAGUUCUUAAUGUUCUGGAUUGACUGACCUUCAUGUCUUAAAGUAACGAUGGACUGUCGUUUCUCUAUGCUUAUUUGAGCUGUUCUUGCCCUAAUAUGGACUUAGCCCUAUUUGGUAAAAUACAGUCUUCUGUAUACCACCCCUAACUUGUAACAACAUAACUGAUUGGCUCAAAUGCAUUAAGAAGGAAAGAAAUUCCACAAAGUAACUUAACAAGGCACACCUGUUAGUUGAAAUGCUUUCCGGUGACUACCUCAUGAAGCUGGUUGAGAGAAUGCCAAGAGUGUGCAAAGCUGUCAUCAAGGCAAAGGGUGGCUACUUUGAAGAACCUCAAAUAUAAAAUACAUUUUGGAUUUGUGUACCACUUUUAUGGCUACUACAUGAUUCCAUAUAUGUUAUUUCAGAGUUUUGAUGUCUUCACUAUUAUGUAGAAAAUAGUAAAAAUACACAAAAAAACUUGAAUGAGUGGGUGUCCAAACUUUUGGUACUAUAUAUAUAUAUACAUAUAUACAGCAGGGUAUGGAUAUGCCAUUGAAAUAAGUGCAUUUCUGUAUCCUGGGGGGGUUGAGGGCCUUUCGCUGCUUUCUUUGGUUAAUUUUGUGUAUUUCUUCUAAAUAACGUUUAAAAACUAGGAAUGGUUUGUCCCACGGCAAAACCGUCUAAGCUUUGUCUUUGUAAGUCAUAAUUGUCAAUAAAUGGUAUGUGUUGUCACAACGGAA